AGACGGUUAACGGGGGCAAGCCUGCUUAGUGACGUCAUUAAUUCCACGCUGGCUGUCAUGGCUUUCACAUCGAAGUGUGCGGUGUAACAUAUUGCAAAAUAUCAGUGUAUAUUGACGAAGAUUUUUAACAAAGUGUCGGCAAAGUGCAAUUUUGGUGAUACCCCAAAAUAUGCAAAAUGUUUAACCCGGAGCAGUUUUCCCAGUUUUUCAAACCCGACGAUGGGCGGUACAAUGAAAUGGAGAAUGUGGAUGCUAUGCUAAAUUAUGAAAACAACGAAUUUAUGACCUCGGAUUUUUUCGAUACCAUUAGGUCUGUGGAAAACGGGAUCCAGGAUGAUUUCCUUAACAGCCCAACUGAUGACUUUAACACCUUGAGUGAUGCAAGCUCCAACACUGAUGGAUACAUCUCGCCCAGAAAUGAUGUCUCUGAAAGCGAAAGGAGCAGCAUCUUCACUGAUGAAUCUGUUUCGCCUCUAAGAACUGUCGACGCUAUUGAUGAUUCGUUGUUUGAUUUUUUGCAACCACUUCAAGAAAAGGUUGAAGUGGAGACGGUCCCUGUUAUCAUUAAUCAACCAAAAGCAAGAACAAAAAUUAUAAUCCAGAACCCCGCCAACAAUAAGACUAUUAACAAACAAAUAAUAAAUACACCAAUUAAAAAAAUUGGUAAGAAGCAAAUAUUGAAAGUGCAGUCUUUGACAACCAAUGGCAAGCCAGUAAUACUCCCCUAUGGCUUAAAAAGCAUCAAGAUACUUAACGCUAGUGAAUUAAAAACAGAUCGAAUUCACGUGACAACGUUUCCUACUAAUACUGCGAGACGUAAAGUGGAACCAACAAGAAUUAAAGAGGUAGAGUCGACACACCGUCCUGGAGAACUGACUGAAGUAAAGCUAACGGCUGAGGAGAAACGUCUAUUGGAGAAAGAAGGAAUUCAACUCCCUGCCUAUCAUCCAUUGACCAAAUUGGAAGACAGGGAAUUGAAACGUAUCAGAAGGAAAAUCCGUAAUAAGAUCUCAGCUCAAGAUUCCCGCAAGCGUAAAAAGGAGUACGUCGAUGGGCUUGAAGAAAAGGUACGACGUGGCUCGGAAGAAAACAGGAACUUAAUGCAACGUGUCAAAGAAUUACAAAAGAAAAAUAAAACACUAAUGGCACACAUUAACAAACUUCAGUCGUUAAUAUUCAAUUCGACAUCAUCUAAAGCCACGCCUUCUACCUGUCUUAUGAUCGUCAUGUUGUCAGUCCUGUUGGUAUCUCUCCCCAACAUUCGUUUGUCACAAAUGAAUAAAGAGUUAUCAACAGAACAAGAACAAAUAACGAUCAGCAGAUCUCUCUUAUCUACUAAGAAAGUAGAAGAUGAUGGAUUGAACAUGGAGGAGUUCUUUAUUUUCAACAAGGAUGAUGAGGGUGUUGACAAUGAAAACAACACCGAAAACGAGUUCUUCAAGGCAGUUGAAGAAAUGGAAUCCAAAUACGAAAACAUGAACUUCGAAAAGGAUAAUUCUGAUGAUAACUUCUUCAAUUCGUUAGUACGUAACAUCAAAAAUCUGUUUAACAAAAACGAGCUCGGGUCUUACGGAUUUUACAACAAGAGAGGGUUUAUUGAACCGGAAAUCGAUGAUUUUGAUACGGCGACAAUAAACGCAGAACCGCCCGCGAAAAAAAUGAAGCUGGUUGAUGAGCACUACCAUCAAAAUGAUGAGAAUUUCGUACCCGUAGCUAAAGUCAUUACUACUGUUCAUGCUGUGGGCGAAAGCAAGGAUAAAUAAAUUUUUUCUUAUAUACUUCAUGAUAUAUUAUUUUAAUAGUUUGCUGUUCUUUUUACUCUUUGCAGUUUGUGUUUUAAAAAUUAUUUCACAGAGUCAUAAAAGCUUGAAAUUUUUUUAGUUUUAUAGUGUGAUAGUUCCUUGUCCUUUUUUAUCUAUGUGUUACUUGGUAAGAAAGUUAUUUGAUAGUGGAAAAGAGUUUGCAUUCCAAUAUAUUGAUUACCCAAAAAACUAUGUAUAUUUUUUCAAAAGUGUUUGGCAGUGUUCAGAUUAAAAAAUAGACUGUGAAUUUAUCUAUGAGAUUGUUAUUGUAUUUAUUCAGUUGUAAGUUUUUUCAAACAGAUUUAUACAAAUAGGGUUCUUAGUUAAAUCCUGUUGUAGACGUUAUUAAAAAUAUGAUUUAUGCAAUGUAUAUGUUGAGUAACUCAAACGGCUUAAAUAAAAUUAAGCUUAAAAUACCUAUUUUAUUGGUUUUGUUGCAGUUCCACUGCUUUUCUAAAUUGUGUUAAUUCGUGAGAAAAUCACAAUGGUUUCUUGUACCUAUCUUUGUUAAAAUCUAACAAAUUAUUUUGUACGUAUACCUGUAAAAAUAGGUAUCUUUCAGUUAUCUAUUUCAGUUAAAAUAAAUAUUUCUAAAAAUUA